AAAGUAGGUUUCUGAGUAGAGCUUUGGAAAACCAGCUCAGAGCUUAAAAACUUCAAGUACAAACAUUGUCAUCAGAUUCAACAUAGUCGAUUCCUGGGCUCUAAGGAAGGCCAGUACCACGCCCGAACCACUAGAAAUCAAGAUCUCACCUGGCUCCCGUUUUGAACAGGACACUUUGGGCUAUCUAUUCAUAGAGAAAAAUGAAAAUGUUUGUACUUGAAGUUUUUAAGCUCUGAGCUGGUUUUCCAAAGCUCUACUCAGAAACCUACUUUAAAGAAGAGUUUUGAAUUAAUGUCUGUUAUAAUAGAAAAACAAGCCUCAUAAUUUGAAACGGCUAGUAGAAAAUUCAGCAAGAAAAAAAGAGAAAAUAUUCCUCUAAUUUUUCAAAGUUUUCUGGUAGAAAUAUUCAUCCAGGAACACGUUAGGAAAUAUGUUGAAUAUUCUUUUUUCAGUUUUUGUCGAUUUUUGGUAAAAAUUUAGGUACAAUCGGUCAAUGUCUUCUAAGUGAAACGUUGCGAAAUAGGCACACGUGAAAAUUCGAUUUUCAAAAAAAUGUGGCGAAUAGGUUUCAACGAAAUGAGAUGUUCAAUAUACUCAUCUUUCAGAUUAAAAGAGAAAUAUAACUCAAAUGCUCCAAGAUGGUAUUCAUAAAAAAACCUCUGUAUAUAAACUAUAGAUAACAUUUGGUAUUUAGUUAUAGUAUGUACUUUUCAGUUGUCUUAUGAAUACUUCUUAAGUUAAAUUUACUUGCUGUAUAGAUACAAUUUCUUUUUUCCUCGACAGUGGUUUAGUGGUAGUUAGACAAUGAUCACGUUUUCAACAAAUGUCUCUCUUUAAGCUUACACAGUUUGUUAAAGAUAAAUAGACCGAUUGGUCUUCUUCUUUUUAUUUUUCUUAUAAUAUCAUAAGUAAAAAAGAAAAACAAUGAUAUACGUCUGGAAUGACUUUAUUUUUCUCGGAUCACUUUAGAAAGAAAAAUUCGGGCGAUAUUCUAGUGCAAGAGCAUCGAUCAUUUCAUAAACUUACACAGUAGAGUUAACAUAAGCGUCUUUCAAAUUAUGUACAAAUUAAUUGCUUUAUUAUUCUUAAUUCAUGAAAUAGUGGCCGUACCUUUCAAUAUUGCUGAAACAGCAACAACAAUGAAUGAUAAUGCGGGUGAAUUACCCACGAAUGGAGCUGAAUUACCGUUAAUUUUACCAGCCUCUCAAACAUCAACAAUGACAUAUAAACCAAUGAGAUUGCUUGAUCCAGAAGAAGGUCUCAAAAUACCAACAGUCGAUGUUAAUUUAAAACCAAAUCGUAUAACAACACCAAAUCCAAUGAUAAUGCCCAUCACCUUUUCAGCGACACCAACAACUAUAAUCGAUGUAACACCUAUGAAACGUGAAAAACGCGCCGUUGAUGAUGGGCAAACACCCAUACCACACCGUGAACACAAGACAACAGCAGCUACAAGUCAAAGCAGUGAAGGAUUAGAGACAGUAACUUAUACAUCAAAACGAUCGACUGAAGAAACAUCAACGAAAGGUACUAGUGAUGCAAUUUUACGAGCAACAACAGCAUCACAAAUUGAGCCUGAAAAUGGGACAAUUCAAUCAAAUUAUUCUGGUAAAACACAAAAAAUAACUGCUUAUUUACCUGUUGAUGUUGAGAACCAACAACAAGGUCAAAAUGUGCCCAUGUUAGCAUUAGAUCAAGAUUUUUCAAAAACAUUAGAUUCAUACCCGAGCUUAGACAAAAAUAUGAAAUUAAUGAAUACAGAUAAUCUUCAACUUAAUCCAGAUGUGGGAAAAUCACUGUUAACACAAGGUUGGACUAUUAUGUUUCUUAUUCUUGCUGGAUUAUUGUUUUCUAUAUGUAUCUCAGUCUGUAUAGUAGCAUUCAUUAUAUGGCACCAUCAUCCGAUCAAACGGCGCAGUCGAAUUCAUGAAAUGGACGCACAAUUAGAUAAACCCAUCAUUAUCAAUAAUUUAAUUCCAAUUACUAAAUCAAAUAUCAAAGAACAUUUUAUUCCAUCACCAACGAAAAAAAUUUACUAA